AUGCGGCGUUGUGUAAGCGCUGCGGCAACGUCGCCAACGGCCGCCAUUAUCACCGCGUGGCGAGGCAGUGCCCCGGCGACCGGGGCGCUGGCGACAUGGCGGUCUGCGUACUUCCACUCGUCGAGAUUCCUUGGGAGGAAGUCGGGCGGGUCAAAGAAACUUGGUGCUGGUGCCUCCAUCAAUACAACGGCAGGUGCAUCGUCAUCCCCCUCGUCACCAGUCACCAAUGCCACGACGGGCACCAGUGGGGAAUUCGUAGGAGCCCCCGAGGGAGCAGGAGGGGGAAAUGAUGCGGCGGGUAAAGCAACGGCAAAGGAACAUCAAACCACCGCCUCCGCUGUUUCUUCUCCCUCCACUGGCGUCUCUCUCCCCACCGCCUCCGUGGAUGCCUCAGCCUCCAUCAAUAAUAGAAAUACUAAUGAUGACGGAAGAGCUUCAUUUCCUUCGUCCGCCACGCCGUCAGGGAAGGGAAGCGCAGCGACGAUGAAAAAACCAAGAGUGCCGCAGCGACGCAAAUCCAUGCAAAAUUCAGAGGAUUGCGCUGCAUCACCGGAGAAGGUGAACGACACGAUGCGAUUAAGUAAAAAGGAGCCAACACACAUGAACCGUCUGGCAACCGAUGGUGUUGUUUCUGUGGAGCCUGAUGAAGAAGAUGUGGUGGUAGAGCGUGCAAGCAUCACGAAACUGUUCAUGUUGUCGGACUCUGUAGCAUCUAUAUUUUGUGCCCUGCCUCAGAAUCAGCGUUCCAUUGACAACUACCUCAGGGAGGUGGAUCAAGCGGUGCUUCCACCCUCGGCGUCAGACCACAGAGCGGGUGGGGUGGGCACCGUUAUGCAUGGGGAUGACGGAUAUACAGGUCAAAGUAAAGAGGCAGUGGCAAGGAGUGAGAUUGCGGAGCGCGUUCUUUCCGAGGAGCGGGCGAAUCACACACUGUGUAUUCAUGUUCGGGACAUGGACCAGUUGGUGCCACCACCCGACUUGCUGUUAAACAGUACGGCGGAUGAGCCAACGAAGACCGCGACCACAGGAGGUGCGCGUCGUCGAAAGGUCUUGAGAAAAGAAAAAAAGUCGGGUGCUGUAAACAAAACAUCGUUGACACCCAUUGAGCGCAUUUUGGCGCUGCAUGAGUGGCAGAUGAAGGCGCUGGAAAGGGCACGUGGGUCCCAGGAAAGAUUUAAGGUCCCGGACGAUUACCACGCCAUCACCCGAGUCCGAUUUCAUGAUCCACCCAAGGCCGAUCUGACAGUGGUGCAAGGUAGUGGAUGUGGCAAGACAGUCGCUGAUGUGCUUGCAACAAUGAAUCGGGGUCUAAAUAAUAAUGAUAUGAAUGCAGAUGACCAUAGAGAAGAAGACAUCUUUGAUGGCAAUGAAACUUUAGAUGAUGAAAGCGGAGCCACUUUGCUUUCAAAGCCGUUUGCGCUCAAGCCGCUCUUGUCUGUGGUGGCGAGUUGCAUACCACGUCGUGAACCGGCCCUUGGGUCGCGUUGUGGGGAGGAAACGUUCUUUAGCUCCGGAGCUCCCUACUCAUCCUCCUCCUUCUGCAGCAGUACUGCAGUGACCACGGCACGAAAGACGAAAAGAUCAAAACGGACUGACUCAGAGGCAAAAAAAACGGCCGAUUCCGCCAAAAUGGGGGUGGAGUUGUUGGGUCAUCGUGUACCACCAAUGCCGCGUUUUACGACACGUGUGACGGUAUUGGUGGAACACGACGAAUUGGAACCGGUGGAUUUGCUCUCCAUGGCGGAAAGGAGCACCACACGGAAGGAGGACGUUGACAAUAAAAAGUCGGCGUCACGCAAGAAGCGUGUGCCACGCAUUUACUGUCACAUAGCCGAUGGAGGGGAGUACUAA